AUGAAUAUUAGAAAACUUCGAACACAAAUUACUCCACAAAACAAUGAUGCUCGAAAUGAACGUUUACGUUCAAAAGAUCGUCAAUUAAUAAUAAUGCUUCUUAUUCAAGUUCUUAUUACAAUUCUUUGUACAUUACCAUUUUCAGUUGUUAAUAUAACAUCAAUGAUUUUUCAAUAUUUAAUAACAUUAUUUGAUUAUGGUGAUGCACUAAAUACAUUUUAUAAUAAUAUAGGUCGUUUAAUAAAUUAUUUUAAUCCAGUUGUUGGAUUUUAUAUAUACGAGGGCCGUUCAAAAAGUAUCGGGACUGGUUUUAUUAUAAAACAAUAA